UCGGUCCUUAACAAUUUUACAUUGCAGGGGCCAACUUUUAAAAUAUCAACAUACUUUCUACAUAUUAAAAGUAUUUAUACAUAAUAUAUACUAUCGUACUUAAGUUUUUAUUUUCUUGGAGGGGCCGUGGCCACAGCCAGCCCCUCGCAGUCUCCACCCUGGAUAGACUCUAGUAUUUCUCAUUUCUAUCUGUCUGACCACACACGAGAGAGUAAUUCUGAUCAUCCGACUCACGGACUGGUCAUGGCUAAUUCUGUCGUCUUUCAAGUAAUUGUUCGAGUUGCGCUUUCUCUCAAUGGAGAUUCGUCCAUACGUAGAACCAAGUUUAAGGUUAACACCAUAGGUUUCAGUAAUAAAUCAAUGUCCGGUUUCCAACAUUUUGACUUGAAAACAUCAAAUGGAAAAUCCAGGAGACACUUUGUUGUUUGCAUGUCUGUGCAACAAGCUACCCAUUACAAAGUGCCUGUUGCACCUUUGUCCCUAGAAGAUGCCAAAGAACCUCCAUUGAAUCUGUACAAACCGAAGGAGCCAUACACAGCAACAAUUGUUUCUGUUGAGAGACUUGUAGGGCCAAAAGCUCCCGGGGAGACUUGCCAUGUUGUUAUUGAUCAUGGUGGCGAUCUUCCUUACUGGGAAGGACAAAGCUAUGGUGUUAUUCCUCCUGGCGAGAACCCAACGAAACCAGGUGCUUCUCACAAUGUUCGUCUAUAUUCAAUUGCAUCUACCAGAUAUGGAGACUCCUUUGAUGGGAAAACAGCUACUUUGUGUGUCAGACGUGCUCUCUAUUAUGAUCCCGAGACAGGAAAAGAAGAUCCUUCGAAAAAGGGAGUUUGCAGCAAUUAUCUGUGUGAUUCAAAGCCUGGAGACAAAGUGCAAAUCACCGGUCCUUCUGGCAAAAUAAUGCUACUCCCUGAAGACAACCCAAGUGCGACACACAUCAUGAUUGCAACUGGUACUGGCGUGGCUCCCUUUAGAGGGUACCUUCGCCGUAUGUUUAUGGAAUCCAUCCCGACUUUCAAGUUCAAUGGCCUUGCUUGGCUCUUCCUUGGGGUGGCCAACAAUGAUAGUCUUCUGUAUGAUAAAGAGUUCACGAAAUAUCUCCAGGAUUAUCCAGACAAUUUCAGGUACGAACGUGCUCUUAGUCGAGAGCAGAAUAACAAGAGAGGGGGGAAGAUGUAUGUUCAGGACAAAAUUGAAGAAUACAGUGAUGAGAUCUUCGAACUGCUGGAUGAAGGGGCACACAUAUAUUUCUGUGGGCUGAAGGGAAUGAUGCCUGGAAUUCAGGACACAUUGAAGCGUGUGGCAGAGGAUAGAGGGGAGACCUGGGAAUCGAAGCUUUCACAGCUCAAAAGGAACAAGCAGUGGCAUGUUGAGGUCUACUGAUGAUUAUUUGAACUAUAUAACACAUUCAUUCCAGAGAAUCGAGUCCAGAGGGAAUCACCUGUUCUCAAUAGGAUUACUGCUUGUGGUGUCAAAAGUGAGUUUCGUUGUUAUUUGACUUGAUUCAGCACACUGUGUGCACCCUUUGGCGUUCAAUGUUCCUGUAGAUGAAAAUUUCUUAGGUAUGUGGUGUUUGCCGACAUGUGCUAAUAAUAGUGGGUUGCAUCAUUUCAAUCACGCCCUUUGAAGUUUUCUGAAAAUGAAUAGUUUUCUUUUCUUAUUCUUUCAUAUUCACACAAACAUAUGUUUAUAUACACAAUACGUAGGGUUAGUUUCCUUCUAAAUCAAGUCUAC